AUGGAUGACUUAAAGCUCUAUGCCAAAAAUGUAGAACAGAUCAAUUCGUUAGUGCGGACAGUACAUAUAUUCAGUACUGAUAUUGGAAUGGAAUUUGGGAUUAAGAAGUGUGGUGUUCUUAUAUUGAAGAGAGGGAAAAUCAUUAGAAGUAAAGGAACAGAACUCCCAAAUGGUGAUAAACUUAAGGAAGUAAGAGAGGAAGGCUACAUAUACCUAGGUAUAGUUGAGCUUGACAAGAUUAAAGAAGAGGAGAUGAAGGGCAAGAUAAUAAAGGAGUAUAAACGAAAGUUAAGCUUAAUCCUGAAAUCAAAACUUAAUGGUAAAAACAAAGUAAUAGCGAUUAACACAUGGGAAGUGGCAAUAUUUAAAUACAGUGCUGGAAUAUUGGAGUGGAAAAGCAGCGAACUAAAAAAGAUUGACAGAAAAUCGAGGAAAACCAUGACUAUAUACGGAGCCUUUCACCCCAAAAGUGACGUUGACAGACUGAACAUGAAGAGAAAAGAAGGGGGUAGAGGACUGAGCAAUAUGGAGCUGGUAGUUAAGAGAGAAGAGAAAAAUUUAGGUCAGUAUGUUCUGAAUUCCAGAGAGCAGUUGCUUAGAGGAGUUUGUUUUGAAGGGACAAUUCGCACUGAUAGUACCAUGCCAAACAAAGAGUUUAAAAAGAAAGUGGCUAAUGAUCUUGAAAAUAAUUGGAUGGGAAAGAAUAUGUAUAGUCAGUUUGUAAGGGAAAUGCCAGAAAAUGUCGAUAAGAAGAAAACGUGGCAGUGUCUAUCAAAAAGUGACUUACAAGUCCAGACAAAGGCUUUAUUGUGUGCUGCCCAAGAACAGGCAAUUAGGACCAAUUACGUGAAGCAUCAUAUUGACAAAAGUGUGGAUAGUCCUCUCUGCAGGAUCUGUGGAGAAAGAGGAGAAACUGUCCAGCAUAUCGUUCCUGAAGUUGCUGUAGAAAAUGAUAGUGUAAAAAUACCGUGGGAUAUCAACAUACAAUGUGACAAUGUUAUUGAGGCAAGAAGACCAGACAUUGUCCUAGUUGAUAAAAGCCACAGAAUUUGCACCAUCAUUGAUAUAGCAGUACCAGCGAAUGUCAGGGUGGCUGAGAAGGAAAGAGAAACGAUUGGAAAAUACCAUGACCUGAAAAGAGAAGUUACACGGUUAUGGAGCAUGAGAAAGGUUCAAGUUAUACCGGUAGUUAUAGGAGCCCUAGGGAGUAUCUCAAAAGAGUUUGAAAAAUGGACAGAAAGUCUCAAAAUUCCGUGGAUUACAAUUGAAAUGCAGAAAACUGCCUUGUUAGGAACGGCUACAAUUCUAAGAAGAGUCUUAGACAUGUGA